AUGUUAGUUCAAUAUUGUCAUACGACAAUAUUUAUACUUGGUACCAUUGGCUCAUUAAUUAAUAUAGUUCUUUUUCUACGACGUCAAUUACGAUCAAACUCAUGUUGCAUUUAUUUAUUAUCAUCAUCCAUAAGUGGAUUAAUAUUACUUUCAAUAGGUAUUGUACCACAAGUCUAUGCUCUUUAUAAUUCUCCAAAUCCAUUUACUACAAUUUCAAGUUUUUGUAAAGCUCGAUCUUAUUUAAAUCAAACAAGUGCUAUGUCAUGUCGUUGGCUUUUAGUUAUGGCUUGCAUAGAUCGUUGCUUUUCAUGUUCAACUUAUACUUCUAUUCGCAAUUUAUCUUCUGUAAAAAUGGCUCGAAAACUAAGUAUUAUUAUUAAUAUUAUUUGGUUAAUAUUACCAAUCCAUACACUUAUUUACAAUAAUAUUCAACCUCCAGGAAAUAUAGCUUGUGCAAUAACAAACAAUGAUGUAGCAAUUUAUCAUCGUUUUUAUACAAUUAUAAUGGGUGGUGCAUUACCAUCUUUAAUUUCUUUCAUAUGUUGUUUAUUCAUAUGGCAUCAUUUUCAAAGUAGAAGAAAACGUCAAAUAAUAAUUCCUAACAAUGAAAUUGAUAGACGAAAGAAAUUACGAGAUCAACAAAUAAUAUUUAUGUUAUUAAUGCAAGUAGCAAUAUUUAUAAUAUCUACAAUACCAUUCAUGUCAUUUAAUAUAUAUAAUACUAUGACACAAUAUGAUACCAACAAAUCAAAAGAUCGUAAAGCCAUUGAAGCAUUUUUGAAAACAUUAACUGAAUUACUUAUCUAUUUGAUAACAUUGUCAUUUUAUUCAAAUACAUUAGUAUCACGUACAUUUAGAACAGAAUUAAUUAAGUUAUUAAAACCUAUUAUUAUUUGUAAUUGGGGACAAAAUCAUUCAAAAAUAACUCCAUCGCAUACUGCAAUGACUAAUAAUAUUAAAUUAACAAUGAUGACAAACAGAACAGCUAUCAUAUCAAUGCCUCAAGUCAUCACAACAAUAGUCUAG